UUGCAGGCCACACUCACCUCACUCACUUGGGACAAGAGGUUUUCCAUGUAUAACAGCAGAUCUUCUUUAUUUCAUUAGAGCGAAGGACCAAGCGUGGGCUGUUUCUUAAGGAUUUAUAUUCAAAAUGGCAAACAAAAUUCUAGAUCAAGCUCUGCCCGUUCCGUUAAUGCUCAAAAGCUCCUACCCAGAUGAAGCAGCUCUGCAAGAAAGCCUCUCGGAAAACAUUUCGGAAGCAUCCUCACAUGACUCCUUCUAUGAUUCAUUCUCGGAUUUGAAUGAGGAGUCUUUCCCAGAACUCUCUGCCUUCCUUAGUCAAGAUGAGAUGGAUAAGAGUCUUGACAUUGCACGUGAAGCUUUUUCUGGCUCUAAACAUGAGGAACCAUUCCAAGAACAUUUUGUAAACCCUCCUUCCUUAAAAUCAGAAGGUUUCCAAAAUCGGGAUAAUCUAAGACUUAAUGUACACAAUCACCAAAAUACUAUUCCUAAAGCUCCCUGCAAAGUCGGAGCUACUGAUGUGCGUAAAAUGAUAUCACCGCUGUUAACAACUAGUCCAAGUAUAAUCCGAACUCUGCAAGCCCAAAAAGCUUCCAAAAACAUGAGAAAAUGCGACAUAAGUAAAACACCCAUCCCAAAAGCCAGGGCAAAAGCUUUCCGUGGGGACACUGGUGCACAGAACAACGAAUGUGCAAAGGCAGCUACUUUUAUUGAUGAGCUUUCUGCGAUAUUUCGAGAAACUACCAAAGCUAGAAACAGGAGGUCAAAUGGAGAUUCCUCUUCACCAGAUAGUGGUUAUCUUUCUCCUAAGAAAGACAUGCCUUCUAACACAAAUUCUUCAGUAAGUGAAAACGAGGUUGAAAUUAAGCAAGAAUUAAUACCCAAAGACAGGCAAUGUAUUAAAGUGACGGAACACACUUUUCAGGAACUUCAGAGCCAAUUAUACCAGCCUGAAGUAAAGGUUAUAGAUGACAAACAAUGUAUUAAAGAGACGGAGAACAGUUUUCAGGAAAUUCAGAGCCGAUCCAACCAGCCUGAAGAAAAGGUUAUCCAUGGUACAAAAUAUACUAAAGAAAUAGGGAAUAGUUUUCAAGAAAAUCAAAGCCAAUCCAACCUGCCUGAAAAAAAGGUUAACCCUGGUAUAAAAUAUAAUAGAGAGAUGGGGAAUAGUUUUCAAGAAAUUCAAAGUCAAUCCAACCAGCCUGAAGAAAAGGUUAUCCACAGUAGGCAAUGUAUUAAAGGGAUGGAAAACAGUUUUCAGAAAAUUCAGAGCCAAUCCAACCAGCCUGAAGAAAAGGUUAUCCACGGUCCAGCCAAUAAAUCAGAUAAUCCUCUUGCAGCUGCUCGAUUUAUUCAGAAGCUCAAAAGCCAAGAAGUUGCUGAGGGAAGUAGAGUCAAACUAGAAUGCAGAGCAACAGGAAAUCCAUUGCCAGAAAUUAGGUGGUUCUGUGAAGGAAAGGAGUUGAGUAACUCGCCCGACAUUCAUACAUCAUCCGACAGCAACGGCCUCCACUCCCUGGUCAUCACAGAGGCAUUUGAAGAAGACACAGGACGAUAUACGUGUGUGGCAUCCAACCCCCUUGGCACUGACACAUCAUCAGCAGAAAUAUUUGUUGAAGGUGCCAGCUCAUCCGAUUCAGAAAGUGAAAGUUUUGCUUUAAAAUCAAACCAAGGAGCAAUGCCACAGGUACAGAAGAAAACAUCUUCGGUUUCCUUGACAAUAGGCCCGUCUUCCCCAAAAUGUGGAAUAACAACUGCAGUAAUGCAGCCAAUUUCCAUACCUGUUCCGCAGGUCAGAAGUCCUACAUCCUGCCUAUAUCUCCAAGACAGAUCAAAAACACCCACGUUUUGUGCUCCGGCAUUUACAAAGGAGCUGCAAAACCUGACAGCGUCGGAUGGACAGGUUGUGGUUCUGGAGUGCAGAGUGAAGGGCACACCCCCUGUAAAAGUCAAAUGGUUCAGGCAAGGGACUGAAAUACAGGAUUCACCCGACUUCAGAAUUCUACAAAAAAAACCUCGAUGUGCAUCAGAGCCUGAGGAAAUCUGUACCCUUGUCAUAGCUGAGACUUUUCCAGAAGAUGCGGGCAUUUUCACUUGUACAGCAAGAAAUGAUUACGGAACGGUUUCUUGCAGUGCUCAGCUAACAGUCCUUUCUGAAAACAAUACACACACUAGAAAUGAUGUGUCAAGUGAAGAAAUUAGUGGUUACGAUUCCCAGAAGCCGUCACUGCUUUCUGCUGUUCCUGACAGUAGUUGUCUUGAAAUGUCAUCCAAAAAGAAUUCUGAGUGUUUUCAGACAAGCCAAACAGACUCAAAGUCCAACAUAGCAAGAAGUCACUUCCAGUUCUAUCCAGUGGAAAACAAUAGCAACGGUGUAAAUGGCAAUAAUGGAGUUAACGGUGACAGCAAUAAUGUUGACAGCAAAUCUAUUCCUGUCACUUCUCCAUGCACAUAUUCACCAGUCAAGGAGCCACCACCAGUCCCUGUAAAGCCAAAACUGGAUUCUCAAUUAAUACAGCAGUUGCAGAACCAGAUUCGACUAGAGCAAGAAGGUGUCUCUUGGAAUCAAGGAAGUGUUCAGCUGAAUACACCACCAUCUCCAUCCUUCCCUCCUCCACCUUCCUUCCAGGAGCUGGAGGCCAGUCAGCUUAUUACUUCCCCAGAGCAAAUGAAUGUCCUUAACUCACAUAAUUCUCCAAUGCAGCCAGCAAACUCGUUCAACUAUGCCAGGCCUAAACAGUUUAUUGCUGCUCAGAACAUGAGCCCCACCUCAGGCUAUAUGUCUCCAUCUUCUGGUUCCUCUACUUCUAGUUUGCCAUCACCAAUGUCACCUUCAACCCCUCAGAAGCAAUUUGGCAGGCCUCCAGUUCCUCCUUUCUCUCAGCCAUUUCCCCAAGAAGGGGAACAGUUUUGGUCUCCAGCUUCAUCAUCUCCUCCACUUCCCCCUCCUCCUGUUUUAAGUCCAACUACAAAUUAUUCUGUUGUUGAGGCAUUUCCACUUCCACCACCUCCACCACCACCACCUCUUCCAGUUUCUGCACCAUCACCUUUCUACAGUCCAUCACCUUCACCAACUGGAAGAGCUCCCAGUUCCUGCCAGAGCCCAGCAGCUUUUAUCAGUUCCAUACUGCCUCCUCAGCAUUCACCAAUUACUUUCAAUGAACUUGGGCUUCCUAAAGGUGUAAUGCCUCCUGGUUUCCCAAAGAAAUCUGGCCGUACUGCACGCAUAGCAUCAGAUGAAGAGAUCCAGGGCACAAAAGAUGCUGUCAUACAGGACCUAGAGCGAAAGCUUCGUUUCAAAGAGGAGAUGCUGAACAAUGGCCAGCCGAAAUUAACAUAUGAGGAGAAAAUGGCUCGUCGGUUGCUUGGUGCUGACAACGCGGCAACAGUGUUUAAUAUCCAGGAACCAGAGGAGGAUGGGAAUGCGCAGGAAGUUGACUCUCUUGAAGCUUCUGUAGAAAGUCCUCUUGACACUCAAAAGGAGUACAAAGUCUCCAGCUUUGAGCAGAGAUUAAUUAGUGAAAUUGAGUACCGUUUGGAACGAUCCCCUGUGGAAGAGUCUGAUGAAGAAGUAGAACAUGGAGAUGAGCCAGUGGAGAACGGGGAAGCCCCGCAGUUUGAGACAAAGCUGAAACAUUUCAAAAUCUUUGAGGGAAUGCCAUCCACAUUCAUUUGCAAGGUUACCGGCGAACCAAAGCCAAAGAUAUAUUGGUUCAAGGAUGGGAAACAAAUCUCAAAAAGGAGUGAGCACUAUAGGAUUCAGAGGGAACCUGAUGGGACCUGCUCCCUUCAUACCGCAACUUCCUUGUUGGAUGAUGAUGGGAAUUACACCAUAAUGGCAUCAAAUCCACAGGGCAGAAUAAGCUGUACUGGAAGGCUGAUGGUACAGGCUGUAAACCAAAGAGGAAGGACUGCCCGUACGCCAACAUCACAGCUCCAUGUCCGACGACCCCGAUCUCGGUCAAGAGAUAGUGGAGAUGAAAAUGAGCCAAUCCAAGAGAGAUUUUUCCGUCCGCAUUUCUUGCAGGCGCCAGGGGAUCUCAUUGUUCAGGAAGGAAAGCUCUGCAGGAUGGACUGCAAGGUUAGUGGCCUGCCAACACCAGAUCUCAGCUGGCAACUGAAUGGAAGACCCAUCCGCCCCGAUAACUCGCACAAAAUGCUGGUGAGGGAGAAUGGAGUUCACUCAUUGGUUGUUGAACCGGUCACCGCAAGAGAUGCUGGAAUAUACACCUGCGUCGCCUCUAAUCGUGCAGGACAGAAUUCUUUCACCUUAGAACUCAUUGUUGCGGCCAAGGAUGCCCAUAAACCCCCCGUGUUUAUAGAAAAGCUUCAAAAUACCGGUGUUGCUGAAGGAUAUCCCGUUAGGCUGGAGUGCCGUGUCAGUGGAAUGCCCCCUCCGCAGAUAUUCUGGAAGAAGGAGAAUGAGUCGCUCACCUACAGCACAGAGAGAGUCAGCAUGCAUCAGGAUAACUAUGGCUACCUGUGCCUACUAAUUCAGGGUGCCACAAAGGAGGAUGCUGGUUGGUAUACUGUGUCAGCAAAGAAUGAAGCUGGUAUUGUCUCCUGUACUGCCAGACUGGACGUGCACACCCAGUGGCAUCAACAAUCUCAUGCCCCAAAGACAAGAAAGGUCCGUCCAUCAGCGAGUCGAUAUGCAGCACUUUCCGACCAAGGCCUGGACAUCAAAGCUGCUUUCCUGCCUGAAGCAAACCCUGUGCACUUACAGCCAGCGCUGGUAGAAAGUGAAGAUCUGUAGACUGAUGAGUGGGACCUUUGCAAAGCGGCCACAAAGGGAAUACACUGAAUGCUCCCAGUCAUUGGUCAUUAGACCUUCAGCUGUACUGAUCAGGACAUGCUCAACUCUGUAUUCACUUUUUGUAUAAGCAGACUAGAAAUAGGAUAUAGCAGAAUUAAAGCUGCCACAUUCACUUACUGUUCUGCUUUGUUAUAAAAAAGUCUCUUUUCCUUACUAUGCAUACCCACCUCUGAGAAACAAGCCUUCUUACUAUAAGCAGUGCCUUCUGUGCAGGUUAGCAGUGUUACAUGCUAAGUGUUAGAGUGCUUAGUGUUAGAGUGCUUCAAACACAAAACCAGCCUUCUGCAUCUUUAUUUGUGCCAAAAAAAAUGUUCAACCGCUACUUUACAUAAAGUCUGAGGAUAAUGCAUUUUACUUGUGUAUAUAAUGUUGUAGCGUUGUAGUUGCUAAAUGAAUGCUUUUUUUGGAUUUUGCCUUUACAGAAUUGGCCUAUACAAAGUCACAAAAAUAACACAGAUUUUCAGCCAAUGAAUGUUAUGGCUUCCAUCCAGCUUCGGGCCCUUAAACCGGACAUGAUGGUGGACAGUGUCGCGCAAUUCUGACUCCUUUUAAGUGCAAUGCUCUGACAUCUGGAAAGCAAAAAAAAGGCCAUAUGAACUUUUCAAAUUUAAUUUGUAAUUUAAUUAUUUUUUUUAAUGUAGUAUGUAUUUCAUAUAGUUAUAAGUCACAUUAAACAAGAAGCAAUUCAUAGUCGGGAAGUAUGACAGUUCACAGAAUGGGCAACAAUACACUGGCCUCUUCCCAUUGUGCCCUUUAAAUUUCUGGAAAGUGCAAAAUGUGGAGCUAAGACAUGGAAACCCUUCCAUGUUUUAAAAUGAUGUACCCCCAAAAGAAGUAGUAAAGUAGUCCCAGGCAUGCACAUGGUUAGUAGAGGAAAGAGCUGUGGGUAAAAUAAGUACAGCAAUAGAAUCCAUAUCAUUUGAAAGGAAAGCUCAGGCAGCAGGUAGGAUAUAAUAAUGUAGGUGCUUCAUGCAAGUGUAAAGAAUGGAAAUGCGGAGUAGGUCAGGCCUCUCUCAGUAGACAUGUACAGAACAGAUAAAGGAAGUAGGAAUGGCUCCUAAAUGAAAUCAUUUGGCUAAUAAGGCAAUAUAGCUUCAUUUUUUUGUGCUUUCCAAAUGAAAUGAAAGACAUUUGCAGAUAUGUUAGAAUUACAUAGACUGGAAGUCCCUUUGACAAGGUGUGGAGUCGUCGUAUUUAAUGACAGAUACAAAGUAAUGAACUUGGUGCCAGGAACCAACACUUCUGAAAGGCUCUGAACUGAAACCAGUUUGCUUGGUCUUUUGCUCAGAAUCUCUUAUUUAUUGAGCUCCACAAUUGGACAGAAAAGAUGAAUAAUAAAAAUAUUGUUCAGCCCCUUACAUACAGUAAGAAGCGAGUGCUCACGGGAGCUUGCACUUUUCUCUAGUGCUCAGGUUAGCACCAUCAUCGGGGUGUAACUAUUAUCCAGCACUAUCAUCAGGGGGGCCAAUGAGGUCCUAAUUAAUAAGCAAUUGUAUAUUGGUGAAACAGAACCUCUGGAUAUAUUGAGGGCCCUAAAAUAAAUGUGCUGUGGGGCCCAGUAACAUCGAGCUGACUAUUAUCACUUUAAAUCAGUCUUGUCUGUACAAAAACCAGAUGCAAAAACCCUCAAACCCCAAACAAUCUAUAAUAAACCACUGACGGUACAACAACAAAACCAUGAAAGGGAAAGCACUGUAUUCCGUGUAUGAAGCACAUAUAGCCUCUAUUAUUUAUAAUAAAUAUUGACCUGCUUUAUCUCGGUUUCACUACAUAUGAACUUGUUAUUUGUUUGUUUCUUUUAAAAAAAAAAACAUUUAUCAUUCACUAUAUGCCUUGCUGUAUAGAUAUACAUUAGCCGUUUUAUUUAAUGCAAGUUAUUAGCCUUUGAUAUAGUGCAAUAGUCUAGUAGAAAUAUUGGGGCUAAUUUUAAACACAGUUAUAGUGGAUUUAUAUAACACUUGUCAUUUACCACACGCCAUAUAGAUAUUCGUGCCCAUGUUUGCUAAACCCCAGAGCCGACAGAAGUUUGUUUGGCCACUUUUUUAUGUGUUUGUUUUAAUCCAGGGCUGUUGGAUUCCAGGCCCCAAGGGCCUCGACAGGUCAGAUAUUAAAGGGAUUCUGUCGUGA